ACCAACUCCAUGAAGGUGAUUAUUCUCUUCCUGUUGGCGCUAGCGGCGGCAGACCGCAAUGCCAAGAUUAGAAACUACCAAUACGGCAUCGAGGAAGACGGAUCGUACGAAUCACAAUUUGAGACUACCAAUGGGAUUUCGGCCCGCGAGGACGGCAUCUCGUACCCGGGCAACGAGCCGGAGACCGGCAACUACGUGAGGAGUGGCUCCUACUCGUACGACUGGGAGGGCGUCACCUACACCGUCACCUGGACGGCCGACGAGAACGGCUUCCACCCGGAGGGUGACCACCUGCCCGACUUCAGCCACACCCGCGAGCACAUCGGCGGCGUUGGCGAAGAGCUGCGAAAGUGAUGUAUUUCGCUGGCACUACUGUGGUGACCUGCUGCGGAACAUGAUAUGUUGACACAACUCUGAGUUUAUUGUGUUUUGUUCGCGUUUACGUCGAACGGGCGUGAUCGUUAAAUGGCAAUCACGCGGCUUAUGUAUGUUGUCCUUGUCAGUCGUGUCUCACAAACAGCUUAUCAGUGUGUUUCCGUGUCCACCUGUGCAUCCCGUAAGCUGAAAUAUUCGAAGGAGUUUUUUGA